AAAAAUACCAACAUUUAAAAAUACAAUCCAAAACAUGUAUGGCAGUGAACGCUUUCAGGGACAAAUUAAAUACAAAUGCACUUUCUUUGUGCUACUGCUCUUCUGUUUUAAUCUCAAUACAAUGCAUGCAGAAAAUUAGAAUGGGUUUAGGAAAAUGCCUCAUGCGAUGAGGAGAAAUUAAUCUUAGGAAGGCUAUAUAUAUAAAGUAGUGGACGGGCUGGAGAGGUUAGGAAAAAGAAGAAAUGUGUUGCUCUCAUUAAGUCAAACUUUUUUGUAGGGAAAAAAAGUCACAGAAAUUCCUUUAUACGUUUUAACUACAAAGCUGGAAAAUGACAGGGUAUUUAUUGAACACCAUUAACCUGGUACUUCCAUAGGCAGAUUUGCCUUUAAAUAAAAAUUAUUGCAUGCUCCUGCCUGUCAACGCCAGCUAAGCUGCCAGAGGACUCUGAUCCUUUUUGCUGUUCAUUCUUAGUAAUUCAGCAUCUUUUCCUGAAGAUGCUGUAGAAGACCUUUUUAAAAAGCUCGUUUCUCGCAAGCGCACGGCUGGCAUUGUGAGUGGGGUUCAGUCGCCAGGUGAGUGGCGUUCAGUCGAGGCGGCAGCCUGACCCCGUGCAGGGAAGCGGUGGGGUCCUGCUCCCCCGGGCAGGUACGGGCUGGCCCAUCACAGCCACAGGGGCUGGUCCAGCCACGGCCACUGCCAGGUGAGGUAGAAUCAUAGAAUGGUGUGGGCUGGAAGGGACCUUCAAGAUCACCUAGUUCCGACCCCCCUGCCAUGGGCAGGGACACCUCCCACUAGACCAGGCUGCUCAAAGCCCCAUCCAGCCUGGUCUUGAACAUUUCCAGGGUUGGGGCAUCCACAGCUUCCCUGGGCAACCCCUUGCAGUGUCUCACCACCCUCACAGUAAAGAAUUUUGUCCUGAUACCUAAUCUAAAUCUACCCUCUUUUAGCUGUAUGUGCCCAGCCAAGCUACUUGUCUUCUUGUGCCUUCCCUCUUCCCAACACUCCGGUUGCCCGAGGAAAAAACAUCACUAAUACUCUUCUGCCCGCUGGCAUGCGUUUUGGUUCGGAAACAUCCCUUACGUGCCCACGGCUGGCUGGCGGGGACCAGGCCAAGGAGCCCAAGGAGCCCAGCCGGGCCCAGCCUCGCCCCCAGCGCGGGUGGCGCAGGGGGGACCCCAGCCCUGCCGCCCCCUCCCCGAAACCUCGACCCGCCGCGUCGCUGCCCCGAGGCGGCUCCGCCCGGGCGGUGCGGGCGGCGGGAGGCGAGCGCUGCCGCCGGCCCCGCUGCCAUCACGUGGCCGACGAGUUUUCUCCCCGCAGCGGUAUGAGGAAGUCACAGCCGCCGCCGCCGCCGUCCGCAACCCGGGCGGGCGCAGCCUCCGCCGCCGCCGCCUCCCCGCGGCGCGAUAUGUGAGCUGGCUCUCUCCGGCGCUCGCCUCCCGGCGUGAAGCCCCCCCGCCGGAACCGCCGUCCCGAUGGAGGAGCCCCCGGCGGCGGAGGAGUGGCAAGGGGCGACUCAGAAGAGGAAGGCCUGGGCCAAGAGCCGGGACUCCUGGCAGGCGUCGGAAGCGGAGGAUUUCUCGGCAGCGGCGGCGGCGCUGGCCCGCGGCGAGGAGGAGGAGGAGGAAGAAGAGGAGGAAGAGGAGGAGGAUCUCGCCGGCGGAGAGCUGCCGCUGGCUGCAGAAGCAGGCCACAGCGUUCCCAACGAGAAGAUCGCGAUAUGGCUGAAGGACUGCAGAACGCCUCUGGGAGCCUCCCUGGAUGAGCAAAGCAAUCCUCUGUUGAAGGGCAUGCUGGUGAGAAAUGGAGGAAGUUUUGAAGAUGACUUAUCCCUGGGAGCUGAAGCUAAUCAUCUACGGAGUGAUACCCAAAUGGAAGCAUGCAAUGGUGUGCUGGCAAAGGAGAGGAGGCUGCAGUUCCACCAGAAGGGGAGAAGUAUGAACUCCACCGGGUCUGGAAAAAGCAGCGCGACUGUUUCAAGUGUUUCUGAAUUACUGGAGCUUUAUGAGGAAGAUCCUGAAGAAGUGCUCUAUAACCUUGGGUUUGGAAGAGAUGAACCAGAUAUUGCUUCAAAAAUUCCAGCGAGAUUUUUUAAUUCUUCGUCAUUUGCCAGAGGAAUAGAUAUCAAAGUGUUUUUGAAUGCCCAAAUACAGCGCAUGGAAGUAGAAAAUCCAAAUUUUGCUUUAACAAGUCGUUUCCGUCAGAUUGAAGUGCUUACUACUGUGGCCAAUGCUUUUUCUUCUUUGUAUUCUCAAGUCUCUGGGACUCCUUUGCAGAAAAUAGGUAGCAUGAAUUCAGCAUCUUCCAGCAAAGAAGCAUCCAGCCCUCCCCCUUUAAAUCGCAGCAAUACAGCCAGUCGGUUAAUGAAGACCCUGUCAAAGCUCAAUCUGUGCAGCACUCAACAAGCCGAUGGUGGUGGCUGCUCAAGUCCUUCACCGGUUGAAAAAGGGAAAAGUCCGGCUGAACUGGGGAGCGAGGAAAAUGAUGUUAAAAACGAGUCUAAAUUACUGAAAUACUCUAAAAAGAAAGACUCUUCCUCUUUUUUGGCUACUGUAAAGGAGGAGAUAGCCAGUAUUCAGAUAAGCGCUGUACAUAAUCCCGCAAACCUUCCUGCUGGGACUGAUGAUAAGCGAGAGGGUACGGUGCCUCCGGCAGACGUGCAAAGCAGCAGGUUGGCAAGCGCCCAGGAUAGACCGUGUGAAGAAUCUGGUCUUUUGGACUCGCCGACCCUCAGCAGCAGUUCCAGUACAUCCAACAGCAGCACCUCAACGCAAAGGCUGCCUGCGGCAUCGCCAGGUAGAGACCCCUGCGCUCCCCUUGCAAACCCGUCCAUAAUGAAUCUAAUGCUGCAGCAGAAGGACUCCUUUGAGAUGGAAGAGAUCCAGAGUACAGAGGGGGAUCUACCGCACGUUCCAGCUUCUCACCAGCUGGCAGUGACCAAGUCAAGGAAAGAUCAGCUGUUACGAACAGCGAGUCAGCACUCUGACAGCAGUGGCUUUGCUGAGGACUCCUCCACAGAUUGCUCUCCAUUUAAUCAGCUUCAGGUUCAGGAGUCUUUGCAGGGCAUGGGGAGCAGUGCUGACAGCUGCGACAGUGAGACAACCGUGACGUCGCAUAGUGAGGAACAGAAGACACCAAUAGCCAUGGAACUGCCCUGUUUCGAUAAGUUUGAGGAGGAGGAAGAAGAUGAUGAUGAUGAUGAUGAAGAGGACAUUAUUUCUCAAGUAGAGAGACAAAAGGUAGGAGCACCUUCUGAGAACAGGAGGAGUGAAGACAGAAAAAUUAUUGGCUAUGAAACUGAAAAAAAUCAAGGAGGAGAAAGCAAGUCAUCUCAUAUAUCAGAGACAGUCCAAGGAGAGGUCAGCUCUAAGGAGGAAGACACCUCCAGUGAGCAAAAACAAUUGGACCUGCUGGAGGAAGGCAGUGUGUUUGAGUUUCCUCAGUACCACACGCACCAUAUCCUCAAGUCGAUGGAGUCUGUGGAAGGUGGCGGCUCCUCCCCAUCGUCCGUGGAUAGGGUUCACGUCGCCUUGCAAAGAGCUGAGAUGAGGAUUGUCAGCACAUCUGAUUCCAGGGCUGGACGCACUCUGCUUAAGUCAAAAGAUCUCCUGAGGAAGCAGAGGCUCUGGUUUGCUGAAUCAGGCUAUCCUCUGAGGCGAUCUCAGUCUCUCCCAGCUCCAUUGCUGAAUCCAGUGAAAGUGGUGUCCUCUGUGAAUGUCCAGUUAACUCCAGGAAAGGAGACUCUGUGCAGUCCUCCUUCUUUCACCUACAAGUACACACGUGUGGAGGAAGGUGAGAAACCAACGUCUGAGAAUGACAAAAGUGAGGGUGAAGCAGCCACCAGCCAGCCGGUGUGCAAAUCCACGUUGUUCAUUGCGCCUUUGUCCUCCAAAAAAGAAGUGCCCCAGACUGGGCCCAACAGACUGUCCAAGGAGCCCAGUCCCACCAGGGUACAGAGCUGCUUGCUGCACACACCAGCGCACAUGUCCCAGUCCACGUGCUCCCUCCACUCCCUCCCCGCCGAGUGGCAGGACAGACCGUUCUGCGAGCACAUGAGGACACUGAGCACCCACAGCGUCCCAAGCACCUCUGGCUCUUCCUUCAGCGCCUUGCUUUCCCCGUUCAGCUGUCCCUUCUCUUCAAGGCACGCUGGAUUUCCUCAUCGACCUCAUGCCAUCAACCCGCCCUCCACCGUGGAGAUGCAGCUGCGCAGGGUCCUACACGACAUCAGAAACUCUCUGCAGAACCUCUCACAGUACCCGGUGAUGAGGGGUCAGGAUCUUUCAGCGGCCACCAGUUACACUACUCAGAGAUCAUCCAUUCUACCUCUCUAUGAAAAUACUUUCCAGGAGCUACAAGUGGUAAGGCGAAAUCUAAACUUAUUCAGAACGCAAAUGAUGGAUUUGGAAUUGACUAUGUUACGUCAACAGACAACAGUUUAUCAGCACAUGACAGAAGAGGAAAGAUAUGAAGCCGAUCAGCUACAGAGCUUGAGAAAGUCUGUCCGCAUGGAGCUACAGGAGUUAGAGAUGCAGUUAGAAGAACGGCUACUUGCUUUGGAAGACCAGCUGAGAAGUCUGCACAUGUCUUCACCUUACAGACCUCAGACACACAUAGGUAUGUAUGGAAGCAGAAGUGCUGAUAACCUGUCAUGCCCUUCUCCGUUGAAUGUUAUUGAACCAGUCUCUGAACUUAUUCGUGAGCAGUCAUUUCUGAAGUCUGAACUCGGUUUAGGAGUGGGAGAUCUUGGACUGGAAACUCUCCCAGCAGAGGGUACAGAGUCCGUAUUCUCCCAUGGAAACUCUGAUUCCUCUUCAGUGUGCUCCGGUCACGCAGGUAGAAAAGCUGGUGUUGGAUCCUCUGAACUAACAGGGAAGUCUAAGAGUCAAAGCAAGAAGUUAUACCGAGCCUCUGUUGCCUUAACACCAACACCCCCAGUGAGAGCAGGCACUGGACAGCAGGUGGGAAGCUCCGAGGAGCUUGCAGACUCCAAGCCAGAGGUGGAACACAAACUUGAAAAAGUCCCUCUUGUGCCUUCGGUUGAUGAAAUCCACAAAAGCGUGGAGCAGGAGGAGCUGCAGCAAGUCAUACGGGAGAUCAAGGAAUCUAUUGUUGGUGAAAUAAGACGAGAAAUAGUAAGUGGAUUGUUAGCAGCUGUAUCACCCCAAAGCAGAUCUGCGACGGCAAAACAAGAUACACAGCCCUGAAACAGGUACUGCAGGUAAUCUUUGGCAAACUGCCACAACCGGAUUUUAUUAUUUCUUUUUGUCAUGUGAAAUACCAUUGUUAACUUAAACCUUGCUUUGUUUGCAUUUUCUCCUUGAAACCUAAGUGAUCAAAGUGGAAUACAGAGGAUACUGACAGUCCUGGAUAGCUUUGGAAAAUCACCUGGUUUGUAGUUUGGCCCGUUCUGUUGCCAGCUUUCAUGCAGUGGUCCUUGAUUUUUGGUUUUGGUGUGCUCUGUAGUUUGCCUGCCUUAGUUAUGAAUAUUACCAAAAUACAUGUUUAAGUGUAACGAGCAGACUUCUGAAAAUCUAAUUUAGGUAUUCAUCUUGCUUUUUGUUUUCUGUAAGGUUGGAUGUAGUCCGAAAUGCUGUGGGAUUCUGCUUUGGGCGGCGUACACUGGCGAAAGUGUCAAGUUAUUUUUGCUUCAGGAGAUGUUAAAGCUGCUGAGAUAGGCUACUGUAUUUGACGCUUGGUUCUAUGAUGUGUUCCUUUCCUUGAGUUCGUCUAUAAAGACUUAGACACUUUAACUACUUCAUUACUUUCCUUAAAGCAUCAACAAAACUGUGGCUCUCUGAAAGGUUUUGUAUUUAUUUGUAUGUCCCUGUUGUAAAUUUUUAUGUAGCUAAUUUCUUUGUUUAAUGAUGCAUCAUGAAACUUGAAGAUUUCCAGAUAUAACCAAUUUAUAAAUAACACACAUGCGUUAAGCCUAGCUUUUUUAAAAAAAAAAAAAAAAAAAAACAAAAAAAACCACACAACAAAAAACCCCCCCAAAACACUGACCUCUAUGAGGUAUUUAUUGUGCAAUAACUGAUCCACUUUAAGAGCUUGAAACAACCAAUAAUGGUUUCCACUGCUGUUACUUAGUGCCACUUCAAAAGAAGGAAAAAAUCCUGAUGUAAAAAUUGCUCGUAAUUCUUGGGGUGGUUACUGUUAGCAGAGUGGUAGAAUGACAUGAGGUUACUUAAAACUACUUAAAGUUCUGACACUGAAAGCCUUAUCUUUGUGUAGAGGACAACUUUUAACUAAUUUUAUUUGCUUCCUUACUGUUUGCCCAUCCCUCUAUAGAAAAGUGCCUUAUUUUAAGCAGUGUUUUUUGUCUUUGUAUUGACUGCUCUCAGUCAUACCAAGAGAAGUUCUCUUCUGCUUCAUAUUAACCAAAAUGCAAUAAAAGUACUGAUUUUUUGAAAGCAAUUGGGAUGUGCAAGUUGGAAUGGGUGAACGACCUUGCGUGUAUUAUGGGGAAAUGGAAAAAAUCUCUUUUCCUUCCCCAUCCCUCACUUGAGUGUAUUUUCAGUUAGCCUGGUGAACAUGCGUUUGUUCCAAUGGAGCAAAUUGGAAGUCAUUGGAUGUUUUAUGUGGUCAAAUAGACAUUUAGUGGAUAUGUAAUAUCCCAUUUUGCUGUGCUUGGAAUCUCUUGACUCCUUUGCCAUUUCCAUCUACUAAAACUCUUUACACUAUGUCAAGGUCUUUAAUCAAAAAUAGUUUCCAAUAUAGCAAUAUUAUAUAAAAAAAGUUUAUAAGAUUUUAAUUUGUGUUAGGAAGACACACAAGGGCUGAUUUCUUAAAAAAAAAAAAAAAGGUGUAUAUUAAACCAAU